GCACGAUCAGCGACAAGAGCCAAUCGCGCUCCGCCUUAUCUAAUUGACCAAGUGAGGCUUUUAACUCCCGAGUCAAGGCUCAUGCACACAUUCUUUUAUUAAUAUUAAGAUGCUUGGUACUGCUGAGGAACGGUAGCACCGCCUGCUUGUCUAUCAUGUGCCGUUCCCCGGAUCCUGCUGUAAAUGAAGGCAUAGUCUUGGCACCUAGGGUAACGGUUGCGAUCCGUCAGCCAUAAAUAAACACAUGGUUCUGAGCACUCUGGUGCCGAGUCUUUGCUCCUCAAGGGCCCCCGAGGAAGCUACCACUUCGACAUAAUGUUUCUUUUCCAGCAAGCCUUAUGGCUGACUUUACUAGCCACGUCCUACAGUGGGCUCGUGUUGGGUCAGACAUACAGCCAAGAUGAUAUUAACUCUGGCAAAGCCCUUCAACAGAUGGGCAAGAUUGCCUAUGACACCUCUAUGAAACGCCUUGGGGGUAGCACGUCAAACUGCACAAAGGACACUGUCCACGUACGCAAGGAAUGGAGAAACUUACCUGGAUCUGAGAGGAUCGCCUACAGGAAGGCUGUUGAAUGUCUGAUGCAACAACCAAAUGUCUACCAGAAUAUUUCUGCCGGCCCAAAAUCUAUGUUCGAUAGCUUUGGGGUUCUUCAUUAUUAUCUGACGCCAUAUGUCCACAACUCGGCCUACUUCCUUCUCUUCCAUCGCCUGUACAUCUGGACAUAUGAACAGAAGCUGCGCGAUCUUUGUGGAUAUACAGGAUCAUUCCCAUAUUGGGAAUGGGGUCUUGAUGCCGGUGGUGUUGAGAAGUCGCCGUUAUUUGACGGCUCCGAGACGUCCAUGGGAUCGAACGGCGCCAAAGUGAGCGGUGGCGGUCUCGGCUUUGGCGGCUCGGGCGGCGGCUGUGUGACAACUGGACCAUUUAAGAAUUACACCGUCAAUUUUGGCCCGAACACAGCCCGAAACCCCCUCGCUCCGAACCCGCGAUGCUUGAAGCGAGAUCUCAACACGGCCAUGUGUUCGACCUACGCUUCACUUCGCAAUACUACUGAGACCAUUCUCGAAAGCCCGGAUGUAGAGAGCUUCCAGGCGAAUGUUCAAGGAGACUUCCGGUAUGCCGCGGCUCGGAAAUGGUCUUUUGCCGUGCAUGGUGGUGGCCACUUUACAAUUGCCGGUGACCCUGGUGGUGACUUCUACUUCUCUCCACUUGAGCCUGCCUUCUACCUUCAUCAUAGUUCUAUUGAUAAGAUGUACUGGAUCUGGAGCCAGCUUGACUGGGCGAAGCGACAGACUAUGGCCGGAACUAUCACGAUGAUGAACCAACCACGAAGCCGAAAUGGAACGCUUGAUGACGUAUUGGAUAUCAAACCGGUGGGAGGAUCUUUUCAAUUCCGUCAACUUCUGGACACUGUUGGAGGGACCCCUUUCUGCUUCGUCUACCAAUGAACGGUUCUUCAUCUCCACCAAGAAUUAGCAUGAACAAAUGCAACCUUUACUAUACCCAUGAUCAACAUUAGCUUUUUCUUUUUACAGAAUGUGCAUGAUUGGUCAUGUCGCUCUGCUAGUUAUAGUAGGGUGGUUAACACUCGCAAUUUAGUAGAUAAAUCCUACCAAGGUACAUC